ACCAUCUAUAUAGAAGCAGGACAAAUUGUAAGUGAACGGUCAAAUAUAGGAGGAGAGAGAAGGUUCGGGUCUGGUGGCCAACUUCUACUUGCCUUCUCACGUUAAGGCUGAAAGAAGAAUCUUCACACAUAGAUACUGAUCAUCGUUUCCAAUCCAGGCACCUCUACCAAUAUGGGAUCUGGUGCUUGGACAGUUGAGAAAAGGCUCAGUUUUAGGAGUGAAUCCUUCUCGAAAGAGUUAGGGAUUGUUAAUGAAACUGGUUGUCUUUCCAUUAUUGUACUUGGUGCUUCUGGUGAUCUUGCUAAGAAGAAGACUUUUCCUGCCCUCUUUAACCUCUACCGUCAGGGUUUUCUGCAGUCAAAUGAAGUUCACAUCUUUGGCUACGCAAGGUCAAAAAUUUCAGAUGAUGACCUGAGGAAUCGCCUUAAGGGAUAUCUUGUGGGCAAGGAAGCUUCAAGUGAGCAGUCCGAAGAAGUAUCCAAGUUCUUGCAAUUGAUUAAAUAUGUCAGUGGCUCGUAUGAUUCUGCAAGCGGCUUUGAAUUACUAGAUAAAGGUAUAUCUGAGCACGAGUUCUCCAAAAAAAGUGCAGAAGGCACAUCCAGAAGGCUUUUCUACCUCGCACUACCUCCAUCAGUUUAUCCAUCUGUCUGCAAAAUGAUCAAGAGCUAUUGCAUGAAUAAAUCGGAUCUUGGAGGAUGGACACGAAUUGUUGUUGAGAAGCCUUUUGGCAGAGAUUUGGAGUCAGCUGAGAAACUGAGUACAGAAAUUGGAGAACUGUUUGAUGAACCACAAAUAUAUCGUAUAGAUCACUACUUGGGAAAGGAAUUGGUGCAGAACCUGCUGGUGCUUCGUUUUGCAAACCGUUUAUUUCUGCCACUUUGGAACCAUGAUAACAUUGCAAAUGUGCAGAUUGUCUUCAGGGAGGAUUUUGGAACUGAUGGCCGUGGUGGAUAUUUUGAUGAAUAUGGAAUUAUUCGUGAUAUUAUCCAAAAUCAUCUAUUGCAGGUUCUUUGCCUUGUUGCUAUGGAGAAACCUGUUUCCCUAAAACCUGAACACAUUCGUGAUGAGAAGGUGAAGGUUCUCCAAUCAGUGCUCCCUAUUAAAGAUGAAGAGAUUAUUCUCGGUCAGUAUGAAGGUUAUACAGACGACCCAACUGUUCCUGACCACUCAAAUACACCAACUUUUGCAACCAUGGUACUGCGUAUUCACAAUGAAAGAUGGGAAGGUGUACCAUUUAUACUUAAAGCGGGAAAAGCCUUAAAUUCAAGGAAGGCAGAAAUACGUGUCCAAUUUAAAGAUGUUCCUGGUGAUAUCUUUAAAUGUAAAAAGCAAGGAAGAAAUGAAUUUGUAAUAAGACUUCAACCUUCAGAGGCCAUGUACAUGAAGCUUACAGUGAAGCAACCUGGGCUAGAGAUGCUGACAGUUCAAAGCGAACUUGACUUGUCAUAUGGACAACGCUACCAAGAUGUCAUCAUUCCAGAGGCUUAUGAGCGUCUAAUUCUCGACACAAUUAAGGGAGAUCAGCAGCACUUUGUUCGCAGGGAUGAACUCAAGGCUGCUUGGGAGAUCUUCACGCCACUCCUCCACAGGAUCGAUAAUGGUGAAGUUAAACCAAUCUCAUAUAAACCAGGAAGCAGGGGGCCUGCUGAAGCAGAUGAGCUGCUGGAAAAGGCCGGUUAUGUUCAAACUCAUGGCUAUAUUUGGAUUCCUCCAACCUUGUAGAUUCUGCUGGCAUGGAAUUAAUCCUCCAUUUACAUCCAGUCCAGUCCAGUUAGAGAAGAAGGGUAGUAUUAUUACUGCUUUUGGCUUUUCAAUUGAGCCAUUUAAGUAGUGUUUAGUGUUUACCCUAUUUUCUUUAUUACUGCUGCUCCUGCUGCCUAAUAUUUUGCUUCAAUUUGGUAAUAAGUAUGCAACUGUUUAUCAUAAACUUAUCUCUUCAAAAUAAAAUGAGAGUAUGGUAAUAAUAGCCUUUUUUUUAGUAUGGACAGGACUUGCUAGUUUCUUAUAUGAUAAUAAUAUGGUAAGCUGAAAACAGUUUUUGUUUUUUAAACUAAAGAUCUUAGUUUCGAUU